AUGUCUCCUCAGAAGCACAACUACAACCUCCGCAAGCGCGCCCCACGCGGCGUGGUGGUCAUGAAGAUCUCCGUCCCCGCUCGCGUUGAGGGCGGUGAGUGGCCCCAGGAGAUGGAUUUUGAGGAGCACCAGGUGGAGGCGCAGGAGGAGGUGGAGGUGCGCCAGGAGGCGGAGCAUGAGAAGAAGCUGGAACAGCAGCUAUCAGAGCAACAGAAGGAGAAGAAACAGCAGAAGGAGGAGGUGAAGGAAGGGAAGAAAGAGGGGGAGAGACAGACGGCCAAUAGCAGCCGCCUCAACUGCAUCGUUAUGUAG